CUGGUGUGUUGUCUGAUGAGAGAAGAAUCGCAUCACCGAGUGUUUUUGAUGAUUAGGCCUAGGCAUUUGUUGCUCAAACAUUAAGCUAAAUUGAAAAUGCAUUUCAUCGUUUACAAUCAGAUGGAUUCUAGAGUGGUUUCAACCAAAUGUGCUGGCUAUGGAAAUGGAAAUGGAUCGCUAUAGAAACCAACAGGAAAGUUCUGCUAUAUAUGAAGAUUUGAAACAGUAACCAAUAACAUGGGUGUGAAGGGACUAGGAAGGUAUAUUGAUGAGCACUGCCCUGAAGCAUGUCUAAAAGUCAACCUAAGGUUUAUGGCAGGAGAUUACAGAAGGAAAUAUCAGAAACCGCCUACUCUUGUAAUUGAUGGUUGUGGCUUGCUUAGGAAACUCUAUCCUCCUCAUUGGGAUUGGGUAUAUGGGGGUCAAUGGGUAGAAUUUGCUAGUAAUGCAAAGAAACUAGUUGAAAAGUUGGAGGGUGCAGGCAUAAACCCUGUAUUUAUAUUUGAUGGAGUUGUGGAGAAAAGGAAGCGAGGGACUUGGAUCAAACGGAGACAGAAUGACCGUAGGCUUGUUGCAAAAAUAUAUAGGUUCAUCAAGGAGAAGGGUAGGCACCCUGAUAGCCAUAUGUACUUUCUUCCAACGGGAUUAAUGGGAUUUUGUAGACAAGCACUAAAAGCAGCUGGGGCUACUGUAAUGAAGUCUACAGUGGAAGCCGAUAAAGAAAUUUAUCAGUAUUAUUUAGAAAACAGUUGCUUUGGCGUGUUGGGUCAGGAUUCUGAUUUCCUUAUUUACGACAUCCAGCAUUACUUUUGUCUGCAAGAUUUGGAUAUUAGAACUUUAAAUGUCAAAUUGUAUGAUAAAGAAAUAAUUCGUCAGCAUUUAAGGCUUGAAACAUAUCAAUUCCCUUUGCUUGCUUGUUUAUUGGGGAAUGACUUUCUGGAGCCGGAUCAGCUGAAUAAAUUUUAUUGUCAUCUUUUCAAUUUGCCACCUCAUAAAAAGCCUCCACCAAUGAAAGAAAGGGUUAAGAAAGUUGCAGACUUCAUCCACGAUCUUGGAAUACAAGAACUGAAUGAGGAAAAUUUGAGGCAUUUGGAGUGUGAUCUACUAGGAUCUAACCAAGAUCUAUUUACUUUGGUGGUUCAAGAUUAUACAUUGAAAAGUUUUACCAAAGCUGUAAAAUCAGAGGGCUUCCAAAAUGAUGUAUCUUUGCAGCCAAAGACUGGAAUGAAUCCUUUCCUCAGGGAUGAUCAACUAGAAAGAACACUGAAAAUCAGUGUUAAUCCUGAGGUGUACCAGAAAAUAUGCGAUACUCAAAUAACAUCACAAUCUGGUGAUAUCCGCAAAUUAAUACUAUUUGCAGAAUUAGAUCAAUCUACAUCAUUAGAAGAUGAUGAGGACAUCAGCAUGCCUUCCUCUGGACUUCUGUUCCGUCCAAUCAGAAGGAGAGUCUAUGGCAUUGUUCUCAACCAGAAACAAGAUAUUGGGUCAAAAAAGGAGGAUAAUCUCAGCUCACAUAAUAGUACAUUAUCACUAGAACCUGCUGAAGUGGGAAAUAAUGAGAGUGGAUCAUAUGUGGUUGGUGUGAAUGCUAUUGCAGAGUGGGUUGUCUAUUCUGGGUUCACUUUUAGUAAAGAAGAUAUCGUGCCAAUGGUGAGACCCUGUGACUCAUUGACACUGGAUGAUUUAUGGCUUUCUAAUGGAGAUGUGGCAGAAGAGACACGUCUGAAAGCAUUUUUGUUUUGUGUACAUUGUGACAUCCAUUUGGAGUCUGUGUUCUCGAUUCCUGAGCAGUACAUUGUGCUCUGCCUAUUGCUACACUACAUGAUUAAGAUGGACUCCAUGUGGCAGAUCAGCGAGCGUGAUGUUGAUGCCUUCAUUGCACAGACUGUCUGCCUCAGAACUCAUGAUGAACACAGCUUAAGAAAUCUGAAGGUGCCAAGUGUUAAAGCAAGAGCAGUACAUUUAGCGACGUUAUUCAUGAGGGGUAUAUCAACACUCAAGUUGGCCAACUCCACUUGCAAUGCUCCUAUUAAAAAGGAUGCUUUCCAUCCUUGGAGAUUCUUUGAUGGGAAACUUUUUCAUAAAAUGUAUCUCAUGGCUGAUGAAGGAGCACCACUUAAUGUCCUGUGUAACAGAGAGGUAGAACACAUGGAGUUGUUUGAGAGGUUGAAAUCUUUUAUUGUGCAAGGAACUUGUAUGGAACGCACACCUGGUCAAAAUCAAGUGACCCCUGAAUUAGUUCCAGAUGCAGCAGGACCUCUUUAUGCAACAGGCACAAAUGAUUCUUGGUUAGAGGAGGAUUGUAUAUGGAAUAGCGAGCAACCAAGGCGUGUUCCGAGAAGAGUACAUGACUGGGUUAUGGAUGAAUGUAAUGAUUCAUCAGGAUGCCAGGAUGAGCGUAGAGAAAUGACAAGCUGGAAUGAUAAGCCAACUAAAGCAACUGGCUACCGCUUCCAAGAACCAAAACAAAUUGCGCAACAUUCAUUUCAAUCAAGAAAUAACUCCAGUUAUCAGAAUAGACAACAUAUUUCGUCACGAAAUGACUCCAUGUGGGGAUCAAGUUUUGGCAUGUGGAGAUCAUCUGACAGUGCAAGUAGUAGGGAAAACCGUCAUUCAUUUACGAGGCAUGGCCAUCAGAAUCGUCCAAGGGAUCAAAGGAUUGAUUCUGGCACGGCUGUAUGGGGUAAUCCUGACACCGAUACAUGGCACCGCACUACUGCGUCUGAUUGGCAGAAUUCAGCAAAUAGAACUCCUUCAUCUUGGGGAUCAGCUGAUUCUUCACAAGACUGGAGAUCAUCCUCCAGUAGUUCAAAUAAUUGGCAAAGGAAUUGGGGUAGAGGGGGUGAAAGUGGGCGAAAGCCAGUCGGCAAGGGGAAAAAACAAGGCAGAUAAAAUCAACAUGUUUAUAUAUACCAUCAUUAGGGCCAUGUAUAAUCUAAUCUAAUCUAGUAGCCUACCAAUGCACAUAAAGGCAUUGGUCUAUCAAUCAACAUGACCUACAGUAAUUAUUUUUCAACUAAUAUCCUUCAGUAAAGAAUAAAGUUUUAAAGAUAAUGUUUUUCCCAAACAAGUUUUGGAAGACGCUCAGCUUGGAAAGCU